AUGGACGCACUCCAUGCUGUGCUCAGCGCCCGUCAAGCUCCUGAUACCAAUGCGAACGGCGACAAGAACAUUGGCUCCAGCAGGAGCAGCUCUCCCUCGCUUUCAGGCCUCAUAUCCACAUUAGUGCCCACUUUGGUCAUCGCCCUCGUUUAUUUCGGCAUCUUCCUGCUCUUGCGAACUCGGUUUCCUCGACAAUAUGCCCCCAGGACCUACCUGGGCGCUCUGCGUCCGCAAGAACGAACUCCCGCGCCCCCAAAUACCUUGUUUGGAUGGAUUCCGUUUAUGAGAAGACUGCCCGAUGAGUAUGUUCUCCAACAUAACUCCCUCGACGGCUACUUUCUGCUGCGCUAUCUCAAGAUGUCGAUCGUGAUCUGCCUGGUCGGCUGCCUUAUUACGUGGCCAGUCUUAUUCCCCGUGAACGCAACCGGUGGAGGGGGUCAGACGCAACUUAACAUCCUCAGUUUUAGCAAUAUCGUGGAUAAGAACCGCUACCUGGCGCAUACCUUUAUUGCGUGGAUCUUCAUCGGUUUUAUCUUCUUCUUGGUCACUAGGGAAAUGAUUUACUACAUCAACUUGCGACAGGCGUACCUCUUGUCUCCUCUGUACGCCUCCAGGAUUUCUUCGCGCACGGUGCUGUUCCAGGCUGUUCCCAACGAAUACGCCAACGAAACCAAAAUCCGCCGCAUGUUUGGUGACGAACUCAAGAAUGUCUGGGUUGCUUCGGACGCAAAGAAAUUAGAGGAAAUGGUGGAGGAGCGUUACAAGACUUGCAUUAAACUGGAGACGGCUGAGACCAAACUGAUCAAAUCGGCCAACGAUGCACGUUUGAAAUCUAUCAAGGGAAAGAAUGCUGCUCCUGAACCACCCACGGCCAAUUACGAUGAAGAUGAGUACGCAGCUGAGUCUGGCGCUGCUGCUGCUCGAUGGGUCCGACCAAAGGACCGACCAACGCACCGCCUAAAGCCUUUGAUUGGCAAGAAAGUGGACACCAUCAAUUGGUGCCGUGAGGAGAUUGCGAGGCUGAAUCCUCUGAUCGAGGCUGAGCAGGAGAAAUACCGUGCAGGCGAGGCCGUGCCAAAGAAUGCCGUCUUCGUGGAAUUUUGGAAUCAAACUCAAGCGCAGAGUGCUUUUCAAAUGGUCACCCACCACCAGCCCUUGCAUAUGUCUCCUCGUGUGGUCGGUCUCAGCCCAGAAGAAGUCGUCUGGUCGAAUCUCGGCAUAACCUGGAAAACACUCACCAUCCGCAACAUUAUCUCUUUGGCUUUUGUCGCCGCCUUGAUCGUUUUUUGGUCUAUUCCAGUCGCCGUUGUAGGUUCCAUUUCGCAGAUAUCCUACUUGACCGAGGUUGCACCUUUCCUUCGAUUCAUCAACAGCUGCCCAAAGGUCAUUCUGGGUGUCAUUACGAAUCUUUUGCCAGUUGUCAUGCUUUCCAUCCUCAUGUCGCUUGUCCCAGUAAUCAUGAGAUUCAUGGGCAAAUUUGCUGGCAUACCGACACUGUCGCUCGUUGAACUACGCUGCCACGAGUCAUAUUUCUGGUUCCAGCUAAUCCAAGUUUUCCUGGUGACCACAAUGACCAGCGCAGCCAGCGCAGCAGUGCCACAAAUCAUCAAACAGCCAGGGUCCAUAACGACACUGUUGGCUCAGAACCUCCCCUUGGCCUCCAACUUCUACAUCUCAUACUUCAUCCUUCAAGGUCUUGUGUUCUCUUCGGGCCAGCUACUCAACAUCGUUGGAUUGGUUCUAUAUAACACACUUUCAAAGAUCCUCGACAAAACCCCUCGGAAGAUGUACAACCGAUGGUCAAGCCUAUCCUCCGUCGGCUGGGGUAGCGUUUUCCCUAUCGUCGAGUUGAUGACUGUGAUAUCGAUAGCAUACGCCCCGAUCGCGCCUCUUAUGCUCGGAUUCGCGGCCAUAGGCCAGGCACUCUUCUAUUUCGCGUACCGCUACAAUCUCCUUUUCGUCGACAGCUCCGUCAUCGACACCAAAGGCCUUGUCUACGCGAAAGCCCUUCAACAUACUUUGGUCGGCUGUUAUUUGGCAGCCAUCUGCCUAAUCGGUCUCUUCGGGAUCCGAGCCGCCCCGGCACCUCUGGUACUCAUGGUGUUGUUCUUGAUUUUAAUGGUCCUUUACCACAUUUCUCUAACCGCGGCCAUCAAUCCGCUCUUGCACUACCUUCCUCGUUCUCUUGAAACCGAAGAAGCCGCCCUCCUGCACACGGAAUCCGCCUUAAUGCCCGGACCGGAAGCCCAAUCAUCACGAGCAACCAUGCACGAGAAGCACCAGCUUGAGGAGCUACGGGUAGCGAAAGAGACAAUGCCACCUGGAGGCAACAAGCACGCUUCUAUGAUCAAACGAUUCUUCCGACCGGACAUUUACGCCAGCUACGCUAUCCUGCGAAAACUUGUGCCACAGGAGUUUGCUGAGAUCCGGUAUUCCCCAGAAGUUGAACGAGAUGCAUAUCAAGAUCCUGCUUGUAAUGCAGUUGCACCUCUGUUGUGGGUGCCCCGUGAUCCGAUGGGCGUUUCGAGGCAGGAAUGCCUGCACACCAACAAGGUUACACCGAUGACAGAUGAAGGAGCCAGCUUCGAUGAGAAGACGGGAAAGAUCAUUUGGAAUGAGGAGGAGACUGGUGGACAGCCGCCAAUCUUUGAAGAGAAAAUUUAUUACUAA